GCGCUCCACGUAUCGUUUCGCGCCGGCGCCGGUGGCCGGACCAGACCAGCGCACCGCGCCGUCCAGACCAGACCACGUUCCGUGGUCGGCGCGCAACCGGCCAGCCGAGUGCCGACUGCCGACCGCACCACUCUCCGUGGCCCGAUGAUAUUCCCGAUCACGCCUAAUUCAAUUCAAUCAAUUUCAGCGCGGCCACCUUAUCAUCUCUGUCCGUUCAGGUCCAGUGGCCAGUGACCACGCUCCACCCCAUUGCUCUGGCUCUGUGCUGUGCAGCUGUGCUGCCGGGCUCCUGCGCCAUGGCCGCGGCCACGCUGCUCCAGGGCCCAGCCGCCGCCUCGCCGCGUCUCGGCGCCGCGGCUUCAGCGCCGUCCGCGUCCCACGGGAGGCGUCGCCUCACCUUCAGCUUCAGGUGCCAGUCGACCAGCGUCGACAAGCAGCAGGAGCGGCCGCCCAAGCCGAAGCAGCGGAACCUGCUCGACAACGCCAGCAACCUGCUGACCAACUUCCUCAGCGGUGGCAACCUCGGGGCCAUGCCCGUCGCUGAGGGCGCGGUCACCGACCUCUUCGGCAAGCCCCUCUUCUUCUCGCUUUACGACUGGUUCCUCGAGCAUGGCUCUGUCUACAAGCUUGCUUUUGGACCCAAAUCGUUCGUUGUUGUCUCUGACCCUAUCGUUGCUAGACACAUCCUCCGGGAGAACGCUUUCUAUUAUGAUAAGGGAGUUCUCGCUGAAAUUUUAAAACCCAUAAUGGGGAAGGGUCUUAUACCCGCUGACCUUGAUACCUGGAAGCAAAGGAGAAAAGUUAUAACACCUGGGUUCCAUGCCUUAUUCAUAGAAGCUAUGGUGAGGACAUUUACGAGAUGUUCAGAGAGAACAAUAUCAAAGCUUGAGGAGCUUACUGAAAGUGAAGGCCGUGAACAAAAUUCGACUAUUGUGGACCUUGAAGCUGAGUUCUCCAAUUUGGCACUUGAUAUCAUUGGAUUGGGUGUGUUCAAUUUUGAUUUUGACUCGGUUACUAAGGAAUCUCCUGUAAUAAAGGCAGUGUAUGGAACACUUUUCGAAGCUGAGCACCGUUCCACCUUCUACAUCCCCUAUUGGAAUCUUCCUUUGACAAAAUGGAUAGUUCCAAGGCAGCGCAAGUUCCAUAGUGACCUCAAAGUGAUCAACAAUUGCCUUGAUAACCUUAUAAAAAAUGCAAAGGAGACGAGACAGGAAGCUGAUGUGGAAAAGCUCCAGCAAAGGGACUACUCUUCUCUGAAGGAUGCCAGCUUGCUGAGGUUCCUUGUUGACAUGAGGGGAGCUGACGCUGAUGAUCGCCAGCUUCGAGAUGAUCUUAUGACAAUGCUUAUUGCUGGACAUGAAACAACUGCUGCUGUUCUGACAUGGUCUGUUUUUUUGCUAGCCCAGAGCCCUACCAGGAUGAGAAAAGCCCAGGCAGAGGUUGAUUCUGUUCUCAGCAAUGGGGCAAUUACUGUCGAAUCUCUUAAGAAACUGGAGUACAUAAAACUGAUUAUUCUUGAAGCUCUUCGCUUGUAUCCUCAGCCACCAUUGUUAAUCAGGCGUUCUCUCCGGCCAGACAAGUUGCCAGGCGGGUGCAAUGGAGCAAAAGAGGGAUAUGAAAUACCAGCUGGGACCGAUAUAUUUGUUUCGGUAUACAACCUCCACAGAUCCCCGUAUUUCUGGGACCGGCCAAAUGAGUUUGAACCCGAGAGGUUUUCCGUCCCGAAGAAGGACGAGAGCAUAGAAGGCUGGUCUGGUUUUGACCCUGACCGGAGUCCUGGCGCAAUGUACCCCAACGAGAUCAUAGCGGACUUCGCUUUCCUCCCCUUCGGCGGAGGGCCUCGCAAGUGCGUGGGGGACCAGUUCGCGCUCCUGGAGUCGACGGUGGCUCUGGCCCUGCUGCUGCGGAAGUUCGACGUGGAGCUGAGAGGGUCGCCCGACGAAGUGGAGAUGGUGACAGGCGCCACGAUCCACACGAAGAACGGGCUGUGGUGCAGGCUGAGGAGAAGGACUUGACGGGCCAACAUUAGCUUUGCAGUUUGCACUGAGUGAGAAGUAGCUCUCGUGCUUGACUCCUGUGAUGUGCUUUAGGCGAGCUAAACUGCAUCGCAGACAGACCAGUGGAUGGGAACCGUGUACACUGAAAACAUAUCUUGUAGGCUUGUAGCGUAACAGGUGCAACCACAACAAUAUAUUAUUUAUCUAUCUAUCUAAUUGAGCUUGACAU